AUGGUUGGAAUAAUUACUCAGAGUUCCAGUUUUAACUCCUUCUCUUCCAUUUGCUACUGCUUUGUUGCCAUGGGGAUACAUUCAUAUUCAAGCUACAAGGCAGUGAAACGACAGAAAGACGCCAUAUCCAAAGCCUGGCCCGGGGGUGGCGGGACCCCCAGUGAAGCGACACUGCUGCUGGGUUCAACCAUAGUAUCUGUGCUAAUGAUGCCCUUCUUCUGUAUAACCUGCUUCAUCAAGAUCGGUAAUCUGGCUAACGAUGGGGUCAAGUUGGGGCGGGAUCAUGCUCUGGGCUACAUGAUGGAUACAGCGCCGGAAAUCAACGAUAAGCACGAGGGCCUGAGAAGGAUUUGGAGGCACUUCUGUCCGUUGUCGCAAACAUUACAUCUGGUGGCCGCGUUUCUACUCUUGAUUCCAGAGACUUUGCUCACGGCGGUCGAAGUCAAGUUCGGGUACAGGUCUUCUG